AUGUCUAAGUUUAAAGUUAUUUUCUACACAAGGGGCAAGUUUGUAAAAGACCCUGAACUGAAAUAUGAUGGUGGGGAAAUGUAUGCUUUUAGUGGUCAAGAUAGUGACUAUUGGUCUUUCUUUGAGGCCUGUGAUUUAGUGAAGAGUAUUGACCCUGAAUUUGAUUUUGAGAUGGUUAAGAUGUGGUGGAAACAUGAAGCAGGAUCGUUUGAAGCUGAUUUAAAUCCAUUCAGAGAUGAUGGAGAUUUAGCUGAGUUGGCUGCUUAUGCUAUUGGUCAUGGAACUGAAGUUGAGAUAUAUUGUGAGCCAAAACUAGAUGAAGGAGAGCUGACUUUUAUGGACUCUGUUAGGCAAAAAGGGAAGGGUAAGUCUUGUGCAUCAGAGAAGGAACCAUUAGAUGAAUGCAGUGGAGAUUCAAGUGAUGAGAGUAUCAAGGAUGUACACUUUGAUGACAGUGAGGAAGAAAGGAUGAAUGGGUUUGAAGAUGACUUUGAGGAAGUAGUUGGUGUAGGUAAAACUAGUGAAAUUAGGAGUCCACCUGUUACAAACAAUGCUGUCCCUAAUGAAACAGACAAUAACAUAUUUAUUACAGAUGAGAUGGGCAAGGCACAUGUAAUUGAGGAGGAAUACAUGACAGAUGAAUUGGACAGUGGAGCUGAUGAUGAUAGUGGUGAUGAUAGACCAUGUUUUAAAGAUGCUAUACUAGAGCACAAUGUUCUUAAUGGGAGGGAAGUUAAGUUUGAAAAGAAUGAUGCCAAUAGAUGUAGAGUUGUAUGUAAGGAUAAGGAGAAGUGUGACUACACUGUGCUAUGUAGUAGAGUCCUAACAUCCACUACUUUUAGGAUUAAAACCUUGUAUUCUAAGCACAAGUGUGGAAGACAGUUCUUUAAUAGAUGUGCUAAAGCUGAUUGGGUGGCUAAGGUCAUUGUGGAUGGGUUGAAGAACAACACAAAGAUGAAGUUGAAUGAUGUGGUAGCAGAUGUUAGGCUUAGAUAUGCAACAGAAAUCCCAGGUUGUAGGGCAUUCAAGGCAAGGCAGAUUGCUAGACAGAUUGUGGAAGGUGACUCUAGUAAGCAAUUCAACCUCCUUUGGUCUUAUGGUGCUGAGUUAAGAAGGGCAACCCCAGGGAAUACAUUCAAACUCAACACAACAUGUUCUGGUGAAGGGUUAAAUCCAAGAUUUGAGAAGUGUUAUAUGUGUUUUGAUGGGACUAAGAUGGCAUUAAAAAAAGCAUGCAGACCUUUCAUUGGAAGAGAUCCAAAUGAUCAGUACUUGCCAAUUGCAUUUGGAGUUGUAGAAAAUGAAUCAAAAGAAACUUGGAGCUGGUUCAUGAAGUUGUUGUUGGAAGAUAUUGGUGAUGGAAGAUGGUGUUUUAUUUCUGACCAGCAAAAGGGUCUGGUCAAUGUGUUUGAUGAGGAGUAUCCUUCCUUUGAGCAUAGAUUUUGUUUAAGGCAUCUUUAUGCUAACUUCAAAAAGAAGUUUGGUGGAGGGACAUUGUUUAGGGAUCUAAUGAUGGUUGCUGCUAAGGCAACUUAUUAUGAGGCACAUGAGGCAAAGAUGCUCAUGAUCAAGGAAGCAAGUGUGGAUGCUUAUGAGUGGCUGCAGGCAAUCCCCAAACACAAGUGGUGUAAGCAUGCAUUUCCUUUCUACUCAAAAUGUGAUGUUUUAAUGAAUAAUCUUAGUGAAUCAUUUAAUGCUACCAUACUUUUGCAAAGAGACAAACCCAUUAUAACAAUGUUUGAGUGGAUCAGAAACUACUUGAUGGGUAGGUUUGCAACACUUAGGGAAAAGGUGAAUGCUUUAUAA